AUGCUGCACAGGCGGGCAAGCAGGACCACCAGGAAUGCCAGGGAAUCCAGGGAGACCCGGAAAUCCGCACAGUGCCCACAAAGAAGACCAGGACCGCCAGGUCCUAUCGGUCCACCAGGGGAACCUGGAGCUUCUGGAAACCCAGGUGCCCCCGGAAACGAUGCAAUGCCAGGACCACUUGGACCAAAAGGGCCCCCUGGACCUCCAGGAAAAGCAGGAGCGCCAGGUAACCCUGGUCAGCCUGGAACGCCGGGAGAGCGUGGUGUCUGUCCAAAGUACUGUUCUAUAGAUGGAGGUGUGUUCUUCGAGGAUGGAACACGCCGCUGA